UCACACAAGUGUCUCUUGCGGAUAACGCCGUUACGGAUAUCUCGUAAGGGGAAUCCUGGAUUGAGCACCACACCAUGUCAUCGUCAAGACAAGCCUCGAUGGCCUGGUGGCUGUGGAUGCUUGCGUCGGUGAUGAACCUCAAGAAAGCCGAAGGCGUGCUCGUGUUCUGGUCGCCGUUCCACGACCCCCGGGUCCACGAGAACGCCCCGGCGGGUGUCCACGUGACCACCGUGCGAGCGCUAGACGAAUCGGCGCCCGGCAAGCCCGUCGCCUACAGCCUGCUGGACGUCAAGGACUCCAGCUUCUUCCACUUGAACCACCUCACGGGAAACCUGACGACAGUGAGGCCCAUCAACCGGAAAGUCGGCGAUAAGUACGAGGUUAUCGUGGCGGCCGUGAGCCAGGGUGUGACCGAGGUGAAGACGAUGCAGAUCGAGGUGACCGUACCCAACCGCUACCCACCCCGGUUCGAGCACCCGGUGUACCGCGCCGAGGUGCACCAGACACGCACCCGGCCCGGGUACCGGGUACUCCAGGUGCGCGCCCACGACCCGGACCCGAUGCCGUACAACGCCGAGGUCUACUACCGCCUCGAGGCCGGACCGGAGUCUACAAAGGCGCUUAGGGAAGCUGGCAUUCUUUUAAAGUACCUCGCCCUGGACGGCAUCACGGGCGAAGUGAUGCUGAACAGAAGCCUCGUCGACUUGGCGGAUUCCACGAUCGCCUUCACUGUCAUCGCCGAAGACGGCGGCUCCCCCAAGCAGCAAGACCGCGCCCGCGUCGAAAUCCUCGUCAAGACCAUAUCCGACCCCCAGAACGCGCGCGCUGUCGUGGUGAACGAGACGAGCGUGCGCGUCUGCUGGCAGCGACCCCUGUACGGCAACGUGUCCGGCUACGUGGUCAAGUACCGGGCGGCGUCGGAGAACGUCACCUCGUACCUCAACGUGACCACGGGCACCGCCGCCGACAAGUGCGUUCCGGUGCUCAAUCUGCGGCCCUGGACCGACUACGAGUACCGAGUGUAUGCCUGGAACGGCCGCGAAGAGGGCAUCGGCAGUCCCGUGGACAGAUUUGCGACGCGCAUCGACUACUGCCUGAUGAACGUCUGCAAGCACGGCUCGUGCGAGGUCACGGACGCACGCCCCGGUUACCGGUGCGUGUGCGACCCGGGCUUCUACGGGGACGCGUGCGAGCAUUUCGACCCGUGCUCGGAGAACCCAUGCAAGACGUUUGGCACGUGCAUCAACACGGGUCACGGCGAGUACCGCUGCGACUGCUUCACGGGUUUCUCGGGCCGAAACUGCUCCGACUUCGACCCGUGCCUGCUCAAGCCGUCCGCCUGCCUGCACGGGGGCGUGUGCCAGUCCAACGCGUCGCACAUGUUCACCUGCCUCUGCGUGGACGGCUACUACGGCAAGACGUGCCACCAGUACGACCCGUGCUUCUCGUCCCCCUGCCUGCACGGCGCCCGCUGCCUGAACGAGUCGGACGUCAAGUUCAGCUGCCAGUGUCUGCAGGGAUACGCGGGAAACCUUUGCGAGCAGAACAUCAACGAGUGCCUCUCAAGCCCUUGCAAAAACCGCGGUGAGUGCGAGGACGGCAUCAACAGCUUCACCUGCCACUGCCCUCCGGGUUACGGUGGCCCACUGUGCGAGCUCAGAGACGCUUGCCCGGAAGAACUGCAGCAAACGGACAAAGGCACCUUCCACUGGCAGCCCACACAGCAUGGCUCCGUGGCCAAGGUCGAGUGUCCGUACGGUGCCUACAACCCGGCCAGCGAGUACAAGUACGCGAGGCGAAAGUGCCGUCUGCUGCCCAGUGGACAGACGGGCUGGAUGAAAAUUUCGGCGCAGCACUGCCGCUAUAAGAGCUUUCAGACGGCCGAGAACAUCACCUCCGAAUUGGAGUUCCUGACGCACGAUCCGAGCAACAUCAGCCCGGAGCAACUGCAGAGCUUCGCUGAUAAGAUUGAGCCGGUUGUCGAAUACGCCAUCAAGGAUAUCAAGAUUGCGCAAGCCAUGAUUCACGUGAUCAGCAACUUCCUCGCGCUCAAUGACAGCGUGAUCGCAGAAGGAGACGCGACAGGAAUGGCUGUCGAAAAGCUGGUCUCUGUUGUGGAGCGAUUCACCUCGGAGGUGGUGCUGGGACCUGGAGCGCUGAUCAUCGAGAACGAGAACCUGGUGGUGAAGGCGGUCGCCUGGUCACCAAAGCUGCUGUCUCAGGGUCAAGAUUUUCUCAGCUUCUCCCUUCGCUCCAACGGAGACCACUAUCUGCACGAGGACUUCUCCGGGGACGGCGACGAGCAGGAGAAUGGAGAUAACAUCGUGAUCGCCAUCCCUUUCGAGGCGCUGUCGAUGGCCAUCAACAACUCUCUCCUGGCGGCCGGUGAGCCCUACCGUCCCAUACACGAGGUGGAGAAGGGGCCUCGCAUCGCGUUCAUCUCUUACCGCAACGACAAGUUCUUCCGGCCUAAUCGCCACGGCCCGGUGUCCUUGGUGAGCGCAGGCCAAGUCGUGCUCUCCGCAAAGAUCGGCGACAGCAAGAUCGAAAAUCUCACCGAUCCCUUGGUCUACUCGUACCCGACUUACAACGCCGAGAGGUACAUCUGCGCCUUCUGGGAUGAGCGCGGUAAGGAGUGGUCUACCACCGGCGUAAUGACAAACCACUCGACAAAUGUCACCGUGUGCUCCUCGACGCACAUGACUGCGUUUUCGCUGCUCCUGGACCCUCUUCCGGGAAAGACUACGGCACGCCACCACUACCGGAUUCUUUCGCUCAUAUCCUACGUAGGGUGCAUCAUGUCUGUCGUCGGGUUAUUCUUCACGAUAUUGACCUAUGCCCUUUUCAGGUGCCUGAACAAGGACCGUUCGGGCAAGAUCCUGCUCAACCUGUGCUCGGCGAUGCUCUUCCUGAACGUCUCCUUCCUGCUGGGCUCGCUGCACGAGCGGUUCCCCGGGCUCGAACUGUGCCUCGGAGCGGCUGUGGCCACGCACUACUUCCUGCUCGCCUGCCUCGCCUGGAUGGGUGUCGAGGCCUCCAACAUGUACCAGAUGCUGGUGCACGUGUUCGCCACGUCCGAGACGUGUUUCAUGCUCAAGCGCGUCCUCCUCGCCUGGGGAAUACCUGCUGUUAUUGUUGGAACUUGUCUGGCCAUAGACUUGGAGCCUUAUAAGGAUCAAGACGACUAUUGCGUGAUAUCGUCCAGAAACCCAUUCAUCUACUACAUCGCGUUCCUGGGCAUCUCCUGCUUCAUCCUCUUCGUCAACUUGCUCGUCUUCAUCAUGGUGACGCGGGUGCUGUUCAAGCCGCGCAUGGCCGAAGCCAACGCCAAGGCCGCCGACCACAACUCGUGCUCGGGCUCCAGCCCCGCCACCGCCAACCCGCCCAUCUCCGUCGCGCAAGUGCGCGGCGCCUUCACCGUCAUGACUCUGCUCGGGGUCACGUGGAUAUUCGGCGUGUUCGCCGUGGGCGAAGCCAAGACCGCGUUCCAGUACGCCUUCUGCGUCUGCAACUCGAUGCAGGGCUUCCUCAUCUUCGUGGUCAGGGUGCUGCAGUACCCGGAGGCACGCGCCUCCUGGGCCCAACUCGUCACCACGGGGACGUUCAAGAAGCACCGCGGCGGAGCGGUGCCCGCGGGGUCCUGGUGCGCCAACUCGGAUCCCAAGCAGAACAGCCAUUCGUCCAUGGUGCGGGUGACGUCCUGCAGCACGGACAGCACGAGCACCGUGGUCUUCAACAGCAAUAUCUGGAGCAAGGGUGGCGGUGGAGCAGCAGCAGGUGGCAGGGACCACGCCACGAUCCUGCCCCGUUUCUCGGGCGUCCGAAGGUUGCUCAAGAACUCGAACGUGCAGAAGGACGACAAGAGCGCGGCAUCACUGCCUGAGAAGUCAAAGUCCUCGCACAAGGUGGUCACUGACGAGACUGACUCCAAGGAGAACUACAAGGAAUUUUACUCCUCCGAACAUCAAAUCCCUUCUGUGGUCCCAGACCUCUACUCAGGCCAAGAGCAGGAAAUAAUAAAGACCAGCAGCGUGAAGGCGUUCUGA